GAUCAAUCAUGGUGUGUUGAUCCUGACCAUUCCCAAGCCAGACCUUAGGACGGAGGUCAGUCACAGUUUGAGACCAGCAUGAACGAGGUGUCGGGCCGACUUCCCGCGGACUACACUCAUCAGCAUGUCUUCUUCAGGACUUUUCCGUCGGGACUUUGAAUCGCAGCGGCCGACCAUUGCCGGGGCGGCGACUCCGAAGGCCUAUCCACCCCCGUCCGGUCGGGUUGCCCGCCAUCACGUCGGCUGCAUCCUCUCUGGACCCUGCCGCACGACGCCGGUCUUCCCUUAAAGUAGUAAAAUGCACCCAGAAGCAGACCAUUGGCUACCAAGCAAACAUCAAGCAAGAAUCUCACGACUUCCCCUACAUCCUCUACUCAUCAUACGACCACAGCUCACCAUAUUCACUGCAACGAAGACAUAACCGCACCAAGAAAGCAUCAUGGCUCUCAACGGCGACGCCUUUGUCAUGAACCCCUCUGCCCCGGAGCCACCCACGCGUUACGCCCAUGCUCGCCUCGCCCCUGCCGCUCCCCACCGCACCAUCUACAUAUCGGGCAUCGCCUGCGUGCACCCUGCCACGGGUGAGUGGCCGGGCGUGAAAGACAACGGUGACGGCACGUACGCCCUUGAUGUGCGCGCACAGACGGCAGCGGUGCUGUCCAACAUCGACCUUAUCAUCCGCGAGGCGACGGGCGGCAAGGGCAGCGUCAAGAACUUGAUUGAUAGUGUUGUCUACGUGGUCGACAUGAAGCGAGACUACCAAGGCAUGAAUGAGGAGUGGAACAAGGUAUUCGCGACGAGGGCCGAGGCACCCGCCAGGGCGACAAUUGGAAUCAAGGAGCUGCCGGAUCCGAGGAUGUUGGUCGAGAUUAAAGGUGUCGCUGUUGUUGAGAUGUGACCAACAUGGCCAUCAAACGAUAAUGAGAGUCACGCAUAGCCAUUCGAUGAUUUCUGAACA